GUCACGUGAACCAAGCCCGAGCAGCUCAUCAAACUGUUUAUCUUAGCUCUUCGUCAACUCCCACUUCCAGCCAGGCAACCAGUUGAAGUGUACGCCGUUUUCUUGCUCCUCUAUCUUCAUUCCCACAUUCCAAGCUCGGAGAGAACGUCUCGUCUCAUCGCCAUCUUUACAAAUUUCUUUGAAUAUUUUUCUGUGGAGCCUUCGCACCCAAAUACAUAUUAACCAUGGAAGUUGUCAAGAAGAAGAUGCAGAGCUUGAGGAUGGAGAAGGAAGCUGCCUUGGAUCUCCGCGAUCAGGCAGAGCAGGAGAUGAGAAAUGCCAUCGAGAGAGCAGAAAAAGGGGAUGAAGAAAACAAAGAAUUAAUGAAGAAGAUGAGAAAUCUAGAAUUGGAAUUAGACACAACGCAAGACAAACUUUCACAAGCCGAACUUAAAUUGGAUGAUGCAGAAAAAACGGCGUCGACUGCUGAAGCCGAGGUUAGUUCGUUGCAGAGACGUCUACAGCUUCUCGAUGAAGAGUUGGAACGGGCUCAAGAAAGAUACCAAGUAGCAGCCGAUAAGUUAGCCGAUAUUGAAAAAGCUGCUGAUGAAAGCGAGAGAGCAAGAAAAGUACUUGAAAACAGAGGCUUGAGUGAUGAUGAUAGGAUACUAGAUCUCGAAAGAUUGGUCAAUGAAUCUCGGAGUAUGGCCGAAGAAGCGGAUCACAAAUUUGAAGAGGUUGCUCGUAAGCUGGUUGUCACGGAGGCAGAGUUGGAACGUGCAGAGGAGCGUGCAGAGGUAGCAGAAGCUAAGGGAUCUGAUUUGGAGGAAGAACUGAAAAUUGUCGCCACAAACCUGAAGUCCCUCGAAGUCAGUGAGGAGAAGGCCUCUGAGAGGGAAUUCAACUAUGAAGAAAAAAUCAAGCAACUCGAAGCCAGUCUGAAGGAGGCUGAGACCCGUGCUGAGUUCGCUGAAAGGUCAAACCAAAAACUGGAGAGACAAGUGGAUGAUCUUGAAGAUGAGCUGUUUUCUGAGAAGGAAAAGAACAAGUCCAUGGCUGACGAGCUGGACCAGACAUUGCAAGAUCUACAUGCUAUGUAACACGCCUACUGCCUGCAGUCAAAGCCAUUCAAGAACAGAGGUUCUAGAAUUCUUCAAGCACAACAUGCAAACAAAUAUUUUGAUAACAGUGGUCAUUAACUCUCGUUAGGAACAGGUUUUUUUUAUUUACCCAACUGUGGUCAUAUAGGUGCUUUAUGUCUUUUUCGGACAUUUAUUUGAGAACUACUUUACCAGAAGCAGUUUACAUUGGAUAGUCUGCAGUGAUCAGUUGAAUGUCAGUUUUUUUGUAACUAGUCUUUACUUUUACAACUUUUUCUUUGUCUCACUGAUGAAGUUUCAAUCUCGUCUUCUAUUUAUGCUGUCUUAAGUACGAGGUAUUUACCUGGACCACAGAUCGGUCUCUUUUUAUCGGAGCUAUGUUCCGCGAAACUGAAAUACAAGCCUUCCAUGAAAAGUUACCUAGAUUUUGGGUAGCCAUUGCUUUUUUUAAACCAAUGAGUAAUUUCUGAAAUUUCGUCAGUGAGAACGAACUUGUUCAGAAUAGAAACGGCGCUUGUAUUGUAACACUGUCAAUAACUUGUUGCAAAAUGUAUGUGGCACUUUUCUAACUGUUCCUAACAGAACUUGUUUUCUAAUUUCCAAGGAGCCUGAUGUGCAGUCUUGCCUACAAGCGCAAACAGAACAAAAUAAAAAGGCUAGCACUUCCCAGUUUGCUUCUGCACGUUUCGUGGCUGCUCCCCCACUUCGUUUUGAAGGCUAGAAAACGAUUAUGCUUUGUACUAAUAAUCACUCCCUCCCCAGCACCAUUUAUGGGCAUAUUCCAUUAUUUGAUAGGGAUGGUCGGCUGGAAUGUGCAGGGGCAAACUGGUACUCAACAAUUUGCUGGCUUAAAUUAAAGAUUUAAAAAAUACAGAAAAAAAAGUAGGGGAUAGGCAUUCAUAUUUUUUUACUGUUUUGAAUAAAUAUUUCCUUGAUUCUCCAAUUGCACGUAUCAAACCAAAUCAUUUUUUUUUAAAAAAGAAUACCGGUAUUACACUUUCUAGAAUUCUCUUUGCCAUUUCGACCAUCCCUAUUAAAAAGUCUUUGUAGAUGUAGUAGGUAAGCUUCUUCUAAAUUAGUAAUAUAUAUAUACACACACACUCUCUUGAUGUGUUUGUAAUUAUUAAUAUAGUUUAGUGUGUUGUUGGGCCCAUAUUUCAAGUGAAAAGAAGUAAAAUCUUUUUUCAUCAUGCUUAAAAAUAGUGGAGCUUUUAAUUAAAAUGUUGAAUAAAACCAGAAAGACGACGAAUUGAAAUAAAAACAACGUGCAUCAACUUUUCAUGCAGUUUAUUUUCUAAUUCAUUGUUUUUCUGUAGGUGAAAAAUGUAGACGUUUUACUUUCCCCAUUUUAUUUUCUUCUCUGGAUAUUUGCCUUGUUUGUUAAAAUCACCAAUAAAUAUCAUUGUACAAGAUAGUUGCCAUAGAAA